AUGAACAAGACGUUGUCUGGACUCUUCUCAAUGCUAAAAACUGCUGAAGUGAAGAUUAAGAAAGAGCACCAAGUGUUGAUGGUUAAUAAGACCAUCAAUUUUAAGAAGCAGGGCAAGCCUAGGAAAAAGGUUAAAUUCAAUAAGGGCGGCAAGAAAGCUGAUGCGCCUCCUAAGAAACCCAAGGUUAGCCCCAAGCCUGAUAUUGUGUGCUAUUACUGCAAGGGAGAUGGGCACUGUAAGCGAAACUGCUCAAAGUACCUGGCAGAUCUGAAGAGAGGCAACAUCAAGAAGAAAGUUAAAUUCGAUAUACAUGUUAUUGAUGUAUGGAUGUCAAAAUGGCGUUCCUCAAUGUUCCUAAAUGGUGACAUUGAGGAAGAGUUGUAUAUGGUACAACCCAAGGGUUUUGUCGAUUCUAUAGAUGUUGACAAGAAGCUUGUAUUUACAAGAAAGUGA